ACAAACCCUAAUAUUUCAUUUAUUUGUGAUAUUUCCUCCUCUUCUUCCCCACAUUAGGCCUCAAUGGGUUUACCCAUGAGCUUGUUGGGUAAAUUUGGUCUUCCAGGGAUUAAUGCAGCAGCGACAAAUCAAGUCUAUGAGAGAUAUUUUAAGGACAAGGAAAUAAAAACAUUCGAAGAUUUUCAUAUCAAUUUUGUUAUCUUUUGCAAAGAGUUUAACGCAGCCUUGCCGGGACAGCAUUAUGAUGUGUCAGCGAGCAGAGAGGAAAUAAAGGUCUUCUACGACGAAAAAUGGAAGGAAUCUACAGAAAAGCCGAAGACGUUUUUCGAGUUUAUGGAGAAACAUUUGAAGGAACGGAAGACAAACCCCAGCGCCAUGAUCACGACGGGCCUCGCCGCGCCGGCUGCCGCCAUGGCUCUCAAGCGGACGGGGCAGAAUAUACCGGCGGUCAAGAAUUUUCGGCUCAACCUCAUCCCCGACGUCGUCUUCGUGCCGUCCUGCACGCUGCUCGCGCUUUUCGGGGUCAGAUUGCUCCAGCUCAAGAGCAGCACUUAGCGGGCUCGUUCUAUCCGUCCAUAAAUAAAGCUGGACUGUAUCGAGAAAUAAAAAGCAGUUUACUUUCGUGUCGUUUUAGAUAAUGUGACAUUCGAAUCAUCGUCGAUCGGAAUCAUUAAAACUUUACUACAAAAACUAUCUGAACUUUUCAGAAGUCCAAUCCCUCUGACAACUGCAUGGAAGUAAACGAUUCUAGCUACAUCUAGAAGUAUAUAUAGUUAUUAAUGUAUAAGCUUGUAACUAAAUUAUUAAUUUGUAAAUAUUGUAUAUAUCUUGAUGUGGAAUGUAUACAAAAAAAUAUAUAUAUAUUUGCAGUUAA